AUGGCCGGGAGCAACUCCUCCCAGCAGGGGAUAACAGCACAGCAGGCUGAGAAGGAAAGGACCAGCCCGUCCAGCUGGGCGGAGGAGCCGAGGGACCCCAUGGAGACCAGGGGGCGGCAGCUCUGGCUCCGGCUCCAGAAAGGCUUCCGGAGUGUUGUGGAAAAGUUCAAGACCGAGGAGAUGAAGGCCGCCCACCUGAGCCACGGCCUGCAGUACUUGUGCCGCAUCACCCUCCAAAACCCCGUGCGCCACAUCACACACGAUGGCCUCAGGAAGGUCUUCGUGGUGCUCGACGUGGAGAACUGCCUCCACUGGUUCAAGGAGGACGGCUUCUACAUGAGCAGCAGGAAAGCCCCCCUCGCCAUGGAAGGCCUGCUUUAUGCCUCCCAGGUCGGCCAUUUUGUGGCCUGGCACACGGGGGGUCUCUGGGUGCUGGAGUCCAGCUGGAAGAAGCUCUCCGAGGUGCAGUCGGCGCUGCCCAUCCGCUGUGCCCUUUACAGCGAGCUGCUCAACCGGAUCGUGACCGCCGGCGAGGGCAACCUGACCAUCUGGUGCUUCCGCUGGGGCUUCCGAAGCCUGCAGUGCCGUGUGACUUUACGUGAGGGUCUCGGGCCUGGCCACAUCUUCAGCCACCUGGCCUUGGACACCAGCAGGACUGAGCCCCAGCGGUGCUUUGCCUCGAGUGACACGGGUGCGGCGGCCUUUGACAUCUCUGAGGGAACCCUGAUAGCCUUCAAGACAAAGCUUCACAGCAGGACGAUCACGGACAUCGCCUACUGCGAGGUAGCGGGGAGCCCUGUGACUGCCUCCCGGGACACGACCAUCAAGGUCUGGGAUGAGACCUGGCACAUCCGAACGGUCUUCGUGGGGCACACGGCUCCGGUCAUCGCCUUGGCCAUCUACCCGGAGAGGCCGCUCAUCUUCUCCGCCUCCCAGGAUGGAACCAUUCGCACGUGGAACCUGGACACGGUGGACCAGGUGGACCAGGUCCUCGUCUCUGAUCCCGUGGAGACCCUGGAGACACACACCGCCUCUCACGUCAUCUCUGUGUCGGGCCGUUUCCUCACCCUGUGGAAGAUCAACAAGUUGUACUUGCUCUACGCGCCGUUGGGGUCUCCUGCCAAGCGCCUCAGCUGCAUCGACCUGAGGGUCGUGGCCGACUUCCCUGUCCGUGUCCUCUGUGCGUGCCAGGAUGCCACAGUGCGGCUGCUGGAUGCGUCCACGGGCACCGACCUGGCCCUGCUCUCCUUGGGCCCACCACAUCAAGUCCUGGACAUGGCCUACUGCUUGCCCCGCGAGACCCUCUUUGUGUUGACCGAGAGGGGCUCCUUGCUGCGUGUCAACGCCGCCACGAACCCCAUGGUUGUGAAGAAGAGCGUGACCAGCCCCAGCUGGGAGUCGCGGCCCUCCUGCCUCCUCCUCUACAGCCACAUUGUGGAUUCUGAAAAGGCCCACGCAGCGUGGUGUGAAGUGGUGGCGAACAGAGGUGACCGGAAAGCCUGGCAGAAGCCCCCCCUUGAGAUGCAGGACAAAAACAGGUUCAUGGUGAUUAUGGGGCAGGUAGACGGGCUCCUCAGCGUGGUGGAGUGGUUCUCCGGGCGGAUCCAGUGCCAGGUGGAAGCUCACCGCUCUCAGCGUGUCACGGCGUUGGCCGAGUACCCUCCCCAGUCAAGCAUCAUUUCCGCAGGUGCCGAUCUGACCGUGAAGAUGUGGCGCGUCUUCCCCUACGCUCAAGAGAGCCUGGUCCUGCUCCUGUGUUUCUCCUGCGCUGUCCCCGCGGUGCACAUGUGUCACCUGCGGGAGACGCUGGCCGUGGCUUUCCAGGACCCGGAGACAGUCACCUACAGCAUCGUCUACUACAACCUGAUGGAACAGACGCGCUUCGACCACGGGCCCGAGGAUGACCCACUGGACGACAUUACAGGCCUCUGCUGCUGCCCCCACCUGAAGCUCUUCGCCUCGGCCAGCAGAGACGGCUCCGUGAAGGUCUGGAACAUCCAGAACCAGCUACUGCGGCACAUGAAGCUGAACACCACCCCCGAGAGCCUGGCUUUUGCCAAUCCUCAGGGCGAUCUGCUGGUUGGCAUUGAGCGACACCUCUACCUGAUCAACCACAGCAAAUACCUGCCCAGCCACUACAACAUAGCGCUGCUGUGUGCCCGGUUCCUGGAGCCCGCCAGCGACACCCCCGAGCCCAUCACUAAGUCCUCUUUCGAGGUCCCCGUCCAGGACAGUGUCAAGAGUCUGAAGCAGGAGCCGUCUUCAGAGGAGGCUGAGUCACCUCUGCCUGUCGCUCGCCAGGUGUCCUUGCAAGAAUCCAAGGCCCCACCUGGAGGCUGGCAACCCUAGCUCUGGCCUUUACAGGAGUCGUUGGAGCUGGAUGCAAGGAUCCACGACCUGCAGCUGCUCCUGAUGGGGAAAGUCCAAGCGGUCAAGAAAGUGCGGCCCACCAAGGCCAUGCGGGACGAGGCCUUUGAGCAGUACCUGCGGAUGUUCUACAAGGAGCAGCCCAAAGUGGAGAUCCCCGAGGAAGACUUCUUCAAUGCCGACAAUGUGCUGGAUGCCAUUGGCCAGUGUGAGUCCAUCUCGGAGCUGUAUGGCCCCCACCCCUCCAACAUGUUCCUGGGCGCUUUCCCUCAGCUGGCCUCUCUGAAAGCUGCCGAGGAGAUGAUCAAGGAUGCCAGCUCCCCAAUGGACAGGGUCUCGGUCGUUUCCAUCACCCCCACACCUGGGGUCAAGGAGGCUUCAUUCAGCUUACUCCAAGUGGGAAAGGAGAAGAGUGAGCAGACCGUUACGCCGCCGCCGCCACCCCUCCAAGAGAGGAAGUCGUCAGUCCUGCCGCUAAAGAGACUCUCCUCGGAUGCCCGCCCAGAAGCCUUGGCGUCUUCCGAGGACACGUCCCGGAAACCGUCUGGCAUCCUGAAAGCUCCUUCAGAAGAGCGUUUCCUUGAGACCAUGUUUGGGAAGGUCAAGAUUCCCCAAGGGAAGCCCGAGAAAGUGUUAAGCCUCGUCCCUGAAGAUGAACCGCGGACCCCCCAGUCGCCCUCCUUGCUGGGCUCUCUGGCCGGCAGUAUCGUGAUGAACGUUGUGGAUGUUUCCAGGAGUGAGAAGAGUCUCAGUGGCCAGGAGCAUGAGGAGCGUCCGCUGGCCGUGGGGAGCCAAGAGUCUCACAAGCCCAGCGAGUCCUUGCAACGCAUAAGGAGCCAGACGUCCUCCAAGACCCUCAAGGGUUUCUUUCCCGAGGCAGCGGACAGCCGGGAUAGGAUCCAGGCACAAAUAUUGAGAACUAGCCGGGAGCCAGAGGGCCUGCUGCUGCCCAGGGUCUCUUCUGGGUUCAUCCCCAAUUCAGUGGUCGCUCAGCAGCUGCACAUCCAGUCGAGCUCCAGCAGCAUGGAGAUGCUCGUGAGGAUGACCGGGCCCCAGGAGGAGCCGCAGAGUCCCUCAAGGGUCAGCUCGGUCAAGGUAGCCUUUCAGGACCAACAGCCUGGGACAGAACCAUCGUGGGAGAAACCCGUCAGCCCUUCCCGGUCCCGCACUCAGGAGGGCUCCUCCUCCAAGGUUUUCCUGACUCAGCUGGAUGAAUCUCACUAUCCACACAGCGAGACGAAGACUGAGGAGGAGAUUUACGCCUUUUAUUUGCGCUUCAAGGAUACCGACUGGUUCAAGAAGCUUUUUCCCAAGGGCUGCCGCCCUGGGAUGGACCUGAUUGAGUUCCUGGCCAGACUCCUGUCGGCCAUGCCCACCGUGGACUUCGGCACCAAAACCCAGCUGCUAGAAACCAUCCUGAGCCUGCGGGAGGCCCUGGGGCCCGGCCUGAGCGACAUGGUCCACAGCACCCUGCUCGGCCUCCUGAACGUGAAGAAAGGAGCUCCCUCCAUGCAGAAAGAAACCCAGGCGACUUUCAUCCUGGCCACGCUGCGUGCCCUCCUGACCAUGGACAAGGACAGCAGGGACCUGAUGGUGGAGCUGAUGACCUACUACCUGCAGGCUCCGCCUGAACCCAGGUUGAUCAUUGAGGGCCUGAUAGAAGAGAUGGGAGUGCGGGAUCCGCACAACUUUUUCUAUAAGGAGAUGAACUCCUGGCAGGUGGAGAAAGACGGCCCCAAAGAGGAGGUGCAGAAGGAACACACGGCUGUGAAGCACAAGAGUCAUCAUCCUGCAGGCAAGCAUUGGUGCCAGUACUCCCCAAAGCCUAAAGUGACUCCUCCGCGUUGGAGGGAUACCCGGUUGGUGCAUCCCGUAGACGCCAUUAAUUACUUUGCUGAGAAGCAGCUGGCGGAGGAGAUCAGGCAGUUGUCGGCUCAGCCAGAGAUGACCAGAGACACCGUCAUGGCCUUGCCCCCCAUCCAGAAGAGCCAGGCCAUUCUGCGACUAGGAGAAACCAACGCAAUGCUGAGGAACCGAAUACCAGAGCACUUCUACUUCCCAUACAUCCUCCCGCGUUAUUUCUUGAAGGGGUUUGUGCCUUUUGUGAAACUUCCUUUACCGAAAAUCAACAUGAACCCAUUCCCGUCGGACUCCGAGAGGCUGGUUCCUCCAAAGACGUUCACUGAGCGGCAGCAGUUGGUGCAGAAAUAUUUCAUCCCUAAGGUUUCAUACGCUGACAGCUAUCCUUGA